CUCAAGUUGGACGAUGGACAACGAGGCGACGGUGGCAACGACGCUCCUCGAAGCCCGUGCGCGGUACGAAGCGCGUGACGGCGAUGGCGCCGUCGCGCUCUGGCGCAGCCUCCUCAAGACGGCGUACGCCACGCAGCACCAUGCGCUCAUGUUCGUCGUGAGCAAGAACUUGGGCGACGCCGUGCUCGAUCUCGGCGAGGCCACCGAUUACUACGAGUACGCGCUCGAGGUCGCGACGACGUGCGGCGUCAUGAGCGACGCCUCGCUGCGCUCUGCGGUUGCAGCGAUUGCGGUUGCAAUGCAGUCGAUGCAGGUGCUCGCGUGCCCUCUCUGUGGUGUUGCGCAGCGUUUUCACGGUCCCUGCCACCGCUGUGCGACCACCAACACGUGCGCGACGUGCACGCAGUCGUUUGCGACGACCGAGCUCGUUGUGGACCCGAACGACAACAAUAUGUACUGCCAACCAUGCUACGACGCCUACUACAACGAUGAGGACGACGAUGAAGACGCCGACAAUGACGACGACGACGACGUGCUUGUUGACAUCCACGUCGCACCACCGGCGUCCGUGUCCUUGUGCACUGCGUGCAAGAAUGGCAAUGCGACGAUCCGCGAUUGGCAAGGCUCGUUCUAUUGCCAAAGUUGCUUCAUCGCACUCACACAAGCCAAGCUCGCCCGCGACGUGCAGGUGGCGGACGAGCCAUCACCCAUAGCCCCGACGACCAACGUGACAGCACCCGCCUCGCCAGCUCCGCAAGCGCAAGCGCCGACCCAUAAACCCACGGUAGCAUCACCAACGAUAUCGACUCCAGAGCCGCUUGCUGACGAUGCAGCGCUGGUCGCCAGCGGCAAGCGCACGUACGACCGCAAGUUUCUUCUCUCGUUCCGCAAAAUGCAUCGAGCGUGCCCGAGCGCCGUCCGGUCGUCGUCCGUGUUUCAAUCGCCCAGCGCCAAGGCGGCCAAGGCAGCCCCCAAACCGCCCACCACGUCCGCACCGACCGCGUUGUGUGCAGUAGAAGACUCGACGACGAUGCUCUGCGCAGCGUUGCGCCUCGACCCGACGCACUUGAGUGACGAGCUGAGCUUGUACGAGCACUACUAUGCAACGACGCCGGUCAGCACGUAACGGGUCACCCCCUUAUCUCUUGCGCCUGACCAUGUCUCUUGCCAUGCGAUGGAGUGACAAGUGCAGGCACUGCAGUAUCUUGGCGGUUGGCGCCAAGUACGGACCCUACCCCUAGUGCAUCAGACUGCAACCCGUUCCGUCUACUGAGCGAGUCCAACAGAG